CUGGUGAUGAUGCUGCUGGUGAUACUGCACCCACCGUAGAGAGUCUGCAAACCAGCUUUGGCUAUAGAUGCCGCGAACAGCCACAGAAAAAAAGGACAGUGUGACGGAAAGGAGGUGAAGUUGUUCUUAACUUCAUAUUUGCACGCUUGAAGAGGUCGUUUGGGAUAUGUUUGUUCCGAUUGGCUUAAUUACAGAGGCAAUUGUGGAGCCAUGCGUUAUCGCAAAGCUGGAUAAAACUUGCAGGUGUCUUCCGACAGGCGUCGCAGGCUGCUGUUUCGUCGUGGGGGAAAUACAUCCUGGAUAACUGCCUGGUUCAUAUAGUUAAAUCCAUCUCUUAAAUAUCAUUUUGUCUGCGGUUGGGAUGUUGUAGCUGAAUUAUUAAGUAAUUGUGCCGAUUAAAUAGCAACUUGAUCGUCAAAGUGGACGGCUGGGGCUUUGGAAAAAGUCCACACAUUUUAAAUAGACGUUUUCUCUCAAGGAUCACUGUAAAGGUUUCACGUUUUUUUAAUAAUUAUCACAUCACGUACUGUUUCAAAUCACCGUUUUACCUACAACACAAGUUGCGGUGCACCUCGAAGAACUGUUUACAAACAUCCAUUAAACUCACACAAGUUAUUAGAGAUCUCAUGUUUAUUUAUUAACUAUACAGUUACGAGAGCGCAAUGUUUACGCGUUAAACAUGCUUGAUCAGCACAUACCGUCUGAAUUUGAUCCAACUCAAGCCUAUGCACCAGACAUUCUCUCCAAUUUGAUGUAGUUUGUAUGGCCCUUUGGGGCAAAACUAGUGAUUAGAAUUAGAGAAAAUAAUUUAGGCUUUACCAUUCCUACAAUAUCACUACGCCUUUAUUGUCACGAUCGCUCUUUUUUUCCUAGUUAAACCUGUCAGGGUUAUGUUAUGGAUGUUGUGAUGGUAUGUUUCGUAGAUUUGUAGUUUAUAAGAGACACCCAAGGCCUUUAAAGAGUCGAAGGACGUGGGAAUAUUCCAUCAGAAGAAUAAUCCGUACAUAUCUCAGAGAGCUCAAUACUGACAAUAAAACCAAGUCUGAACAUAUUCGACUACAGGAAACCGCGUUGACAUUUGGACUGCACCAAGGUGUACUGAAUCUGAUAUCUGUUACUAUCGGAUUAUGGAUUUAUUUCUCAUACGGCGGAUCAUCAUCGAGUGUCACGCUGCUGUGUUUUCUUCUGCAUGAUGUGUCAACGCGUGUCUCUAUUUAACUUGAACAUUUCAAGCUGCGGAUCUGGUCCCUUUACAUCAACACAAACGAACUGAGCCGUAACCUUUUGAUUUAGCUGCAGACAGUUUCUAAAGGAUACUUGCAGCAAAUGAGGGCGAAACUUUUGUUGUUUUCACGCGUGACAAUCUCACAACGGAGAUAAAGGAGUAAUUAUGCCCUUGAGGAAAAGAGACACAGCCAGGGCAUUUAGCCUCCUAGAGGACUAUUGCUCCAAACUGAAGAAACCAGAGGAACAACAGCUGAAAACUGCCAUCUUAAGAGUUAUGAGCAUCUUUAAAAGCAGUCUUUUCCAGGCUCUUAUAGAUAUCCAGGAGUUUUAUGAAGUGACACUGCUGAAUUCUCAGAAGAACUGUGAGCAGAAGCUUGUGGAGGUUGUUCACAUGGCCGAGCAGUGGGAACACACUGCCACCACCUCCAACUCUCCCAGCGAUGGUCCACAGCCAGUCCCCGCACCACCAGAGCUGAGAGAAGAAAGACACAUGGAGCUGACAGUUGAGGAACCAGCAGCACUAUGCACCAAUGCAGAGAACAGGCCCCCGGCUGUACAGGGCUCCCAGCACCAAAGCCAUUCUCCAGCAUGUGUGAACCCAGCCCUGAUGAGCUCCCCCUGGUACCGAUAUCAGGAUGAUGACUCCCCUCCUCCAGAACACAGUUUCCCUAGGCUUACCAAUGAGGUCCGGUCACCGGAGCUGGUGCACGUGUCGGAGAAGAACCUUUCAGAGAUCGAGAAUGUGCACGGAUACGUUUCCCACUCCCACAUUUCACCGCUUAAGCCUGCGCUGGUUACCCGGUUUGAUCUAACAUACCCAGGGGUGAAUGCAGCAAACUACCUGGCAAGCCCUGCUCCAAUUAUUGUCAACACGGACACUUUGGAAUCUGUACCUUACGUAAACGGGACAGAAAUUGAGUAUGAGUUUGAAGAGAUUACAUUAGAGCGGGGUAACUCUGGAUUGGGGUUUAGUAUAGCAGGUGGUACAGAUAACCCUCACAUCGGCGAUGACCCCGGGAUCUUCAUCACCAAGAUCAUCCCUGGAGGAGCAGCAGCAGAAGACGGCAGGCUCAGAGUGAACGACUGUAUUUUGCGAGUGAAUGAAUCAGACGUCUCAGAGGUGUCUCAUAGUAAGGCAGUCGAGGCGCUGAAAGCUGCCGGAUCGAUUGUGCGACUCUACGUGCGCAGGAGGAGACCGAUGAUGGAGACUGUCACCGAAAUCAAACUCAUAAAAGGACCAAAAGGGCUCGGCUUCAGCAUUGCAGGCGGUGUGGGCAACCAGCACAUCCCUGGAGAUAACAGCAUUUAUGUCACUAAAAUCAUAGAUGGGGGUGCGGCACAGAAGGACUGCAGGUUGCAGGUUGGAGACAGACUGCUCAUGGUGAAUAACUACACUCUAGAAGAGGUGACCCAUGAAGAAGCAGUGGUCGUAUUGAAGAACACAUCAGAUGUGGUAUACCUGAAGGUUGGGAAACCCACUAGCGUCUAUCUGUCGGACCCCUAUGGUCCUCCCGAUAUCACACACUCAUUCUCACCGGCUAUGGAAAAUCAUAUCUCUUCUCUUGGUAAUAACGGCACUCUGGAAUAUAAGUCCAGUCUCCCGCCCAUCUCCCCCGGCCGAUAUUCCCCCCUGCCCAAGCAUUUGCUGGGGGAAGAGGACAUUAACAGGUUGGAUGGUUUUUCCUUCCUACGAAAUCCAUCAUUAGAUGAGAUGGAAGGUCACAGGUUUGAUUCCCAGCACUUCCAGUUGAGGCCGCCCGAGCCAGUUUACAGCACUGUGAACAAACUGAGUGACCGCGCCCCCUCUCCCCGUCUCUACUCCCCCGUGGAGUUUGAUAGAAGCCCCAUGCACUCAAUCCCUCACUUUCCUCACUAUCACGUAGGCCUGCUCCCUGACUCCGAGAUCACCAGGGAACCCAGGAAGAUCGUUCUGCACAAGGGCUCGACCGGACUGGGCUUCAACAUCGUCGGAGGAGAAGAUGGAGAAGGCAUUUUUGUGUCUUUCAUACUUGCAGGAGGGCCUGCGGACCUUAGCGGAGAGCUACGGAGAGGAGAUCAGAUCCUAUCUGUUAAUGGAAAUGAUCUGCGAGGUGCCACUCAUGAACAGGCCGCAGCCGCCCUGAAGGGGGCGGGGCAGACGGUAACCAUCAUCGCCCAAUACAGGCCGGAGGAACUUGCCCAGUGCUCCCCACGCCGGGCCCCGCCUCCAACUGCAGAAUACGGACGUUUUGAGGCCAAAAUCCAUGACUUACGAGAGCAGAUGAUGAACCACAGCAUGAGCUCCGGAUCUGGAUCCCUAAGAACCAAUCAGAAGCGAUCUCUCUACGUCAGAGCGUUGUUUGACUAUGAGAGGGCGAAGGACAGCGGUCUUCCCAGCCAGGGUCUCAGUUUCCGAUAUGGAGACAUCCUUCACGUUAUCAACGCCUCUGAUGAUGAGUGGUGGCAGGCCAGGAGAGUGACUCCAGAAGGGGACAGUGAGGAGAUGGGUGUCAUUCCCAGUAAGAGGAGGGUGGAAAGAAAAGAACGGGCUCGUUUGAAGACAGUAAAAUUCAACGCAAAGCCCGGUAGCUUGGACUCUAAAGGGUCAUUCAGUGAAAAACGUAGAAAGAACUUCAUCUUUUCACGCAAGUUCCCUUUCUACAAGAACAAGGAUGCCGUCGAACAAGAGGAGAGCGACUCGGAACGAAGUCAAGAGGAAGUCAUCCUCUCAUACGAACCCGUCAUUAGACAAGAAAUCAGUUACGCCAGACCGGUUAUAAUCUUAGGACCCAUGAAGGACAGGGUCAACGAUGACCUCAUCUCCGAGUUCCCGGACAAGUUUGGGUCUUGCGUUCCACAUACAACCAGACCCAAGCGGGAUUAUGAAGUGGACAGCAGAGAUUAUCACUUCGUGACCUCACGAGAGCAGAUGGAGAAAGACAUCCAAGAGCACAAGUUCAUCGAGGCCGGACAGUACAACGACAAUCUGUACGGAACCAGCGUCAUGUCUGUGAAAUACGUGGCUGAGAGGGGGAAGCACUGCAUACUUGACGUGUCUGGAAAUGCCAUAAAACGGCUACAAGUAGCACAUCUCUACCCCAUUGCUAUCUUCAUAAAGCCUAGAUCCAUUGAGACUUUAAUGGAGAUGAAUAAGAGGUUGACGGAGGAGCAAGCCAAAAAGACAUACGACCGGGCCCUGAAACUGGAACAGGAGUUUGCCGAAUACUUCACAGCGCUCGUUCAAGGGGAAACACUAGAGGACGUUUAUAACCAGUGUAAGAUGGUGAUAGAGGAACAGUCCGGACCUUACAUCUGGAUUCCCUCUAAAGAAAAACUAUAAAAAUCACCUUGCCCCUGGCAGGGACCUUGGACUGCAAAAAAACAACAUAGGAGUAAUUUGUAACAUAAUAUAAAUUAUUAUUAUUAUGGCAAUGUUUAUUGUUAAAUCUUACGGUAAUUUUAUUUGUUCGUUUGUUUGUUUGUUUUGUUACGUUGCUUUUUUCACUUUCAAUAUGAAUGUUCCUGAAUGUACACCACAAAGUGUUAGAAGCAUUUUUGGUCUUAACUAAAGAAGUCGAUUCUCUGUUUGUAUAUUUAUUGGUUAGCGUUUAAACGGAUUAGCUCUUUAAACAAUCUUUUGUAUGAAAGGACCAGAUUAUCUACAACCAUCACCUCCAAAACGAAAACAAAACGGUAUUGAUAUCAACCUUCAUCAUUUCCACCCAAUAAGUUCAUAAGGUUUCCCAGCUUCAUUUUAUUAACUCAGCAUCUAUGCACUCCUGUGGCUAACAUGUGCUGGUUGUGGUAUAUUUUGUAUUAUGUUCUUUUUUUGUACAGAUAUCUGCUUUAUUUGUUGUUUUAUGUACAUUUCCAACGGACCCUUGGGGGUCUUGAUUUAGAAUAAAUGGUGAAAGGGAUUCAAGUAGCUAUAGGAAAUGACACUAUAUUUUGCUAUUUAUAUUGAAAGAGGACACAACAGCUCAGAAAAUAUUUAUAAAGAUGAUAUAUAACUUUGUCUAAAAAGAAUCAUUUUGGAAAAGAGAUUUAACUGGUUUGUCAUGAGUGUUGCGUCGCUGUUGUGUUGCUUAGGAUAGAGAUUCGUGAGAAGGUUGAGAAGUAAUGCGUGCAUGAGCAAAAACGUCCCACUCCUUUUCUGCACAAUAAGAUUCUAAACAAGCUUCUUAAAGGAGUGGUUCACCCAAAAAUAAAAUUUCUGUCAUUGUUUACUCACCUUCUUGUCAUUUUAGACCUGUAUGACUUUCUUUCUUUUACAAAACACAAAAGAAGAUAUAUUGAAGAAUGUGACCAAAAUCAGUCCCUAUUGACCUCUAUUGCAAGUUACCAAUGAAAGUGAAUGGGUGCCAGUUAAAAACAUUACUCAAAAUGUCUUCUUUUGUGUUCUGCAGAAGAAAAAAAGUCAAAGAGGUUUGAAAUGACAAGAGGUUGAGGGAAUAAUGACAGAAUUUUCAGUUUUGGUUGAACAACUUUAAAUUCCUGAAACUUACACAACUUUAUAAUUGGUUGCAGAUUCAACACUUGAAAUUGAGUGUUUUACCUUUUUAAAGUCUGGAAAACAGGAAAGAGCUUGAACUUUGUGAAUUCAUUCUUGAGCGGUGCCCAGCUGUUCUGUUUUUGAGACAGAAGUACUCGUACUCCCUCAAGAACUCUUCCAAGUGUUUACAGUACCUCAACUACAGCUCAAAGAGAAGAGGGGGGACUGAGUCUGCAAAAUAGUUAAGUACAUGUACUAUAAUGAUCUUUCUAUAUCAUUUGGUCCUUAUUUUCGGCAUGCUUUUGAAAAUGAACUUGGCUUCCUGCCCACACAUUUGCAUCGCAUACAUGUAGUUUGUGUCGUUUCCAUGUGUAGUUGAGAGACACACCUGUCCUUCUGCAUUAAUAGAAAAGUUCUCGAAACUACAGAUGCCAAAAGCCAUUAACUCUGAUUACCUAUAAAAAAAUGUGGGGGAAUUUGUUGCAAUAUUUAUUGGAGAUGUUACAGAGCGGUUGUGUGGCAAGAGUCUUUUGACCUACUGGUCGCCACUUGCCUUAAAAAGGGGAAGAGACUUUUAUGGCCAGAUAGACAUUUUUUACGCUUUCUUGAAGACUGAGCACUUUUGUACAUUUGGGAAAUUAUUCACAGAUUGUGUUCAACCAGAUGGUUAACACAGAGGGGGAAUUUCAGAAGAAGGAGGAAACUGGAUAUCACAGUGAGCUCUUCAUAGUAUAAUAUGAAAUUUCUUGGAAUAACAAAAGAUGAUGUGUAUAUUAUGAAAAAAAGUGACUAUCAGAAUAUAUUCAUGAUUCGGUCAUUUAAAGUUUGUUUCGUUCUUUUACACACAUAGACAUUGUCUUUCCUUUGAUGUGAUUGUUAUAUCAUCUGUAGCAUAUCAUUUUAUAAAAUGUAGUUGGGAAUACUCACGGCGGAUUGUGAACGCAACGCACGCAAUUUGGGGUGCCCUUCAGUCGAAUUAUUAACAUUAAAAUCUACCUUAGUUUUAUUAUUUGAGUUAAUCUGUAAAUCUGCAUUGAGUGGCCCAAAAACUGGUGCAGUGACUUAAACAAAAGAAAAUCUAAACCCUGCGGAUUGUAUGCACUUCUAAAAGGCUUGCUGGAGCCUUCUGGUGCUCAUAGCGUGAUUUAGUCCAUUAAUUCCAAGUGAAUGUUCAGCCUAGUCGAACGCGGCUGAAUUGGGUUGUUUUUGUCUCAGGGUUGCCAAAUAGGGCUUUAUCACAGAUAUAAACCUUUUGGAUCUGAUUAUCACACAAAUCUCCGGUGUUUUAUUCCUGACAACUACAUCGCAUCUUUGCCUUUGUUUUGGAGUUUUUCUGUGAUCUGUUCAUCCCGAAAAUGAGGAUGCUAAUUAUGUUCCAUGUUAUUUAUUUAUUUUUCAUGAAUCCCCAGAUGACGGUGUGCAAUUUUGUAUAUAAUUGUCUGUUUGCACUUAUGUAGUGGAAAAGGAGGAGAUCUUGAAUAACACUGUCCCCAAACUGCUCUGUUUAUACGUCACUGGAAAUUAAAGUUAAAUUAUGAAACACUCA